AUGUCUACGACAGGCGAUGGCUCACGUUCCUUUUCCGCUGCGUUAGCCCAAGAAGAGACGCGUUUAUCCGCCGAGUACCCUAAACCUGAAGAUAUCCCAACAUGCAUGUCGCAUCUUGACGAAUUCUUUCGCUGCCAUGCUCUAGGACCUCAAUUUAAGGCCAUGUAUAGGCAUGGAACACUGGCGGUCUGUCAACCUAAGUUUGAGGAAUUCAAGUUCUGCCUAAGCAUUAAGAUGCUCGAGCCUGAGGAGCGCCGCAAAGCUUGGAUUCGAAGACGAGCAGAAUGGUGGGCCUCCCGACGCGUUGGAAAGAGUAGCGAGGACGUGUGGGAAAUUAGGACUGAACCCCUCCAGAACUUCCCACCUCCCCCUAUAUUAUCGCCUGACCCUGUACCCGAAAACACGGCUGCGUAG